UCUGCAGUGUGAUUGAGAGCUGCACAGCUGGAACACGAGCAGAAGGCUGGCACGCGGUCCAACAGCGACCAGAUGACUGAGCUCAGCUGCAUCUGCUUUUCCAGCACACGCCACAUUCAUGACUUGGCUUCGAGUGCGCCAGGGGAGGACUCGAACGCCUUGCAGGGUUAAUGUGCCGGAAAAUACCCGCAUAGCAAAUUCAGGGGAGCGCCAGCAUUAACUCAAACGAACUGAUCCGAGUGUACCUCUUCUGAUGAGUUCUUGCGGGUUUCGAUCUUUGCCGCGUCUCGCCGCAGGACUUGGUGUUCCCACUUGGUAAAGCAAACAGACGUUAAGAGUUCGGUGGUGCUGGUGAUGUAAGGCUUUUCAUCUCAGCGCUCACUCCACAACUGUUAUCACUGAAGCCUCUCCUCUCAGAGCAUGGGGCCCUUCAAACUCUAAAGUGAGAGACGCGAGAGUGAAAGCACACGGAGGAAAACGAGGGGAAAGAGAGGAAAGGAGCGAUGGAGUCCAUAUUAUCCGAGCAGUCGGCCACAGUGGACGAGCUGGUGGAAGCGUGCAUCCAAGCCUUCGAUGAGAAGGGAACUUUGAAGGAUACUUCCUUGGUCCGUAUGUUCCUCAUGAUGCAUCCUUGGUACAUCCCUUCAACGGACAUGGCUAAGAAGCUGGUGCUGAAAUCUCAGGAGGAGAGCUGCACUGCUGAGCUCCGAACAAGAAUCUGCCACCUUGUCAAGUACUGGAUCUCUGAGUUUCCAGCAGAGUUCAAUCUGAACCCGGAGCUGGCGGACCAGAUCAAAGACUAUAAAGACCUCUUGACCACCGAGGGCAAUGAAAGCCAGAGUCAGCUCAUUGACCUCGAUAGUGUGCCAUCAUAUAAAUGGAAGCGUCAGGUGACUCAGCGUGUCCCAUCUGUGUCCAAAAAGAGGAAGAUGUCCCUCCUGUUCGACCACCUCGACUCCUGUGAACUGGCAGAACACCUGACCUACCUGGAGUACAAAUCCUUCUGCAAGAUCCUGUUUCAGGACUACCACAGCUUUGUGAUGCAUGGCUGCACUGUGGAUAACCCCAUCCUGGAGCGCUUCAUCACGCUCUUCAACAGCGUCUCCCAGUGGAUUCAGCUUAUGGUGCUCAGCAAGCCCACCGCCCCGCAGAGAGCCGCCGUCAUCUCCCACUUCAUCAGAGUGGCACAGAAACUGCUGCAGUUGCAGAACUUCAACACACUGAUGGCGGUGGUGGGCGGCCUCAGCAACAGCUCCAUCUCUCGCCUCAAAGACACGCAGGCCCACAUCAGCGCAGAGACCAACAAGGUUUUUAACAACCUCAUUGAACUGGUGACAUCAUGUGGGAACUACAGCCAGUACCGCAAGCGCUUCUCGGAGUGCUCUGGCUUCCGUUUCCCCAUCCUCGGCGUGCACCUGAAAGACCUGAUAGCCGUGCACGUGGCGCUGCCAGACUGGGCAGACAAAGAGAAGACACGGGUCAACCUGGCGAAGACCCAGCAGCUGUACGCCAUCCUUCAAGAACUGGCGCUCAUCCAAACCACACCGCCUAACACAGAUGCCAACACAGACCUGCUCAACCUGCUUACGGUUUCUCUGGACCAGUAUCACACAGAGGAGGAGAUCUACCAGAUGUCUCUACAGAGAGAACCACGGAAGCCAGUGCAGAACUCCAGCCCCGCCCCUGCGCCCGACCCCAAGCCCAACAUGAUCGAUGAGUGGGCCGUGUCGGUGAAGCCCAACGCCGACCCGACGAUCAUUAAGAAACACAUAGAGAAGAUGGUGGAGUCCGUCUUCAAGAACUUUGACACAGACGGUGACGGCCACAUCUCCAGGGAUGAAUUUGAAGCAAUCAGGAACAACUUCCCUUACCUCAGCAAGUUUGGAGAACUGGACAAGAACCAAGAUGGAAAGAUCAGCAGAGACGAGAUGAUCGACUACUUCAUGAAAGCCAGCUCUCUGCUUAACUGCAAGAUGGGUUUUAUUCACACUUUCACUGAGACCACCUACGUCAAGCCAACAUUCUGUGAACACUGCGCCGGCUUUAUAUGGGGCUUCUACAAGCAAGGCUACAAGUGUAAAGCCUGCGGGGUGAACUGCCACAAGGCCUGCCGGAGCCGCCUGGCUGUCGAAUGCCGGAAGAGGACAAAGAGCAUCAGCCACGAGACGCCACCAGCUCUCCAGGCCAGAUCCUAUAGCUUCCCUCCACCUGCCAACACCCCGCCCAGCCUGCAGAACACAGUCAUUGCUGAAGAGGAUAUAGAGUCGGUGGAGGAAGGAGUGUUUGAUGUCCACCUAUAACCAGGAGCCUUGAAGUGAAGUGUGGUUUUGAUGCACAGGCCAGUGACAGUCUCCAGCUCUCUAUUUUAAAAUCCCUUCUACGGUUGGUGUGCCAGAAGCCAAAUCAGCGACUGCGGGGAGCCAGACACAGAAUGUGCUACAGUAUGUCAGUUAUACAGCUCUCUGCACUGAGGAGACAUUGCACUGAACACAAGCCAGGACACCUACAUGCUGCCACACGGUGGACACACACUGCAACAGCAGCUCCACUCCAGCUAACUCACAUGAAUGUGAUGACCAAUAUGAAUGGAAUGUCUUUGUAUGAUUUCUAUGUCAAAUCUAUACAUUCUGAUUCUAUGUUGGCCAAGUGUUACUGUAAAAAAAAACUUACUAUAUCUUCUAAAAAAAAAAAAUCCACAAAAUUGUAUUUUCUUGGCCGAGUGUUAAAGUCAGUGGAGUUCGCUG